CAACCAACCGAUCAAUAAACAAACAAACAAAACACAGCCAAAAUGUCCCUCGAACCCUUCCUCACGAACCUCUCCUUCGCCCAAUCCAAGGCCAAGUUCACCCCCGAGGUGCAAACCGCCUCCGACCCCGUCAACGCCGACCUCCUGAAAGCUAUCGUCGAGGCUGUUCUCGCCGGCGGCGACGAUGCCUCUGCUGAGGGCGAGCAGGGCAAGGCCCUGAAGGCUGGGUUUGAGUUUGCGGCUGCGUUGGUGAAGAUGUUGGAGAAGGAGCCGAGCACGGAUGAGAAGUUGGCGCUGUAUGCGUACUUCAAGCAGGGUCAUGGACAGAAGGUUGAGAAGCCCGGCAUGUUUGCUCUUGAGGCCAAGUACAAGUACGCCGCGUGGGAGAAGAUCAGCCACAUCAGCGCCGCCCGGGCCCAGGCCCUCUACAUCCAGGAGGUCAGCAAGCUCAUCGAGCAGAUCGGAACCCGUGACGCUUAAUUGCCAUACCGAUACUGUUUGAGGAAUGGAAGGGAUAAGGAACCCACAUGUGGAGGCUUGAAUAUGGCUAUGUCCGAUAGAAAUGAUAUCUCCGAUAGUUUGGCUUAAGACAUCUGAUGAGCAUAUUGGCGUGUUUUGGUUUGGGUAUAUGUAUAUGUAUGUGUAUUGUGUAUACUGUUUAAA